CCGCCACCCCCCUCAUCCCCGACACAAAACCUCUCCAAACCGGGCAGUGAGAGGGUUUCCCUCGACCGGUACUUUUUCUUUAAAUCUCCAGUUUGACCUGCUACAAAGCGACCUGCAGACCAACAUGGACGUGUUUAAGAGCCGGCUUUUGGGCAUUUCCGUGGCCGUUGCGCACGGGGUUUUCUCCGGCUCUCUGAACAUCCUCCUGAAGUUCCUCAUCACUAAUUAUCACUUCAGCUUCCUGACGCUCAUCCAGUUCCUGACCAGCAGCACCGCGGCGCUUACUCUGGAGACCCUCAGGCGGCUGGGGAAGGUCAAUAUCCCCGCGUUCAGCCUUCAGCUCUCCAAGGAGUUUGCCUCGGUGUGUAUCCUCUCCACGCUGCAGUCAACUCUCACCCUGUGGUCUCUGCGUGGCCUCAGCCUGCCCAUGUAUGUCGUGUUCAAGCGCUGCCUGCCGCUCUUCACGCUCAGCAUCGGAGUGUGUGUGCUGAGGAACGGCAUGCCGUCCUUCGGUGUGGUGACCGCCGUGCUUAUCACCACCGGCGGAGCUGCAUUGGCUGGUGCCGGCGAUCUCACCGGCGACCCCUUCGGUUACGUCACCGGCGUGUUGGCGGUGAUCAUCCACGCCUCCUACCUGGUCCUGAUCCAGAAAACCAGUCUGGACAGCGAGCACGGACCGCUGACCGCACAGUACGCCAUCGCCAUCAUGGCCUCACCGGUGCUACUGGUGUGCUCCCUCAUCUCAAUGGACGCCAUCAACAUGUGGUCAUACGAGGGCUGGAACGACCCCCACAUCACCGUCAUUUUCGUUUUCUGCAUCUUCAUCGGCUGUGCCAUGAACUUCACCACGCUGCACUGCACCUACAUCAACUCCGCCGUCACCACCAGCUUCGUCGGCGUGGUCAAGAGCAUCGCCACCAUCACUGUCGGCAUGCUGGCGUUCAGCGACGUCGCGCCGACCGGGCUGUUCAUCGGCGGCGUGGUGGUGAACACGGUCGGCUCCAUCACCUACUGCGUGGUAAAAUACUUUGAGACGAAGAAGAAGAGCUCGUACGAGGAUCUAGAAGGGGCAGGGAAGGAUGGCGCGCUGCCCGGGGAGCCUUACCAAGAGAAACCGCCGCUGAACGGUGACGGGCCAGCCGCCGGCACUGGAUCUGAUCCAGGACAACCGGAGAUAGAGGGAGUGGUGAGCAGCGAUGGGAAGGAGGAGGAGGAGGCGGCGCCGGCCAGUUUGGCUAACGGACAGUUGUGGACAGGAGAUGGCGGACGAGGAGACGGAGAAGCGGGCGUGAAUUCUCGUGUCAUGACGGAAAAAGAGGCGCUGGAGAUGCAGAGGGAGCACCUCCACAAGGAGAGCGCCACCCCUGGUCAGUCGCUCAGUGACAGCUAUGUCGGGGUGUGGAGGUCCAUCAGACAUCUGCAGUUUUUGAAGAAAGAACCUUUGAUUGAUAACAUGGAGCAGCAGAGUCCGUGAGGGCGGGACAGAGACCUGGACAGAAUAGAAAACUGGGAAAGAAUUGGAGGAUUAAAAAAAAAAAAAGAAACCUGAGGAGGAGCGAAGGAGAAGGACAAACUGAAGCUGUGUGUCCACCGGGAACCUCUUUUAUUAGCAUUAAACUAAAUGUCAAUGAAAGCUUGUGUUUUUGUGCUAAAAGUUCAGUUUCAUCACUCAAGGCUCUGAGCACAAAAACAGGCCUUCAGCUUUGUUGGAAACCGUCAUUUUCCUCAUUUAUGAUGAGAAUUUUUUUUUUUUUAUAAAAAGGUUCCUGGUGGAGAAAAGUGGAUGAAGAGUUUUGGGAGAAGCUGCCUGUCAGAGAUAAAUUCUGCCUCUUGUCUCCUUCAGCUCUGCGGCGUGCAGUGGGGGAACAGGCUAGCCACCGUGUAGCAUGAUUUGGUUUGGUUUGCGUCCCCACUGAUCCGACAGCUAGCCAAACAAAAGCAGGUCCUGAAGAAAACGAGCGCAUCUUGUGCAAACUGAAAUAUCACAUCCAAUCAGGGAACAGCAAAACAAACAGCACCUGAAAGUUUCUCUUUUUUUUUUUUUGUUUCAUUGAACUCUGGCUGAAUUCUUGUUUCUGAUUGGCUGUGGGGGUGUGAAUUAAAACCUUUAACGCACAUGUGGUUCAGGUCAAUUUCAAUCACUUGUAAAAGCAUGCGCUGGCCACAAAGAAGAACUAAUCUCCGGCUGUGUUCACACUGGGUUUGUUUGAGUCUGGACAUGAGUUUGAUUGUUUUUGCUGUCACUCUCUACUGUUGGAUUACAUCCAUGUGUCUGUUUAUCAUCGUAGACAUGAAACGUUGUGAAAAAAAAAUGUAGUCAUGUUGGGCUCCAAUUUUAUUUUCUGUUCAUAUUCGUGAAGUAUUUUAAAUUUUCCCUAUUUUAGUUUCCUUGUGGUGCCACUUAUGAAGUUAUCAUGACCGGUGACACAACAAAAUUAACCCAUAGGACCCAGUGGGUGAACUGGUAUAGCUGAAAAAGAUAAAUACCAGGGUCUUCAGCCCAAGUCUGGCCCAUAUACUUCCACAUCUGGCCAGAUACUGGCUGUUAUCCUCCUGUAUUGGUUAACAGAAGGGAGAUUUUUUGGCUGUGUGUGUGCCAGAAUUGACCCACAUGUGGAAGUAGCAUCUGACAAUCAAACUGUAUAUGGGCCAGAUUCAGGCCGCGUUACCAAGCCAGAAGAAAACAAGCAUGUAGCCAAAGUGUGGGCCAGAUAGUAGUAGCUGUCCAGCCUACCUAGCUUACUGUGAGGGAGUGGCAGUGGCAGAAACAUCUCCAUUGCUCUCAAUAUUCCAUCAACAUAACUGUGAACUGUUAUUAUUUUUUACAGCUAGUAAUAAAUAGUUGCCAAUAAUUCCCUCCCACAUUGAAGUCUGCGUGGAGGCAUGCAAGACAAGGCAGUGUGUGGUUGUCUCCUUGUUGUGCAAUUAAAUUCUUUUAAUGCACACCUUGUUCCUUGCACACAUCCCUUUCUCAUUUCUCUCCUAAUUUAUUAUUUUUAGAAACAGAUCUGCAUUGAAUGCUCUCACUCUCACUGUGCUGCGGAUUACAGAGAGCUGGUAAAAACAGUCUGGACAGGUGGUGGUUGGAAAGGUAGCAGGUUCACCAGCUUUGGUUAGAUUUGGACACAAAGGUCUCUGUGAGCUUUGAGCUCAAAAUAACAUUCAUGUUUGAAAGAAUUUUCAAAGGAAAGGAAUUUUUGUCAGCUCUGACUAAAGAUGCCAUCAGAAAUGUGUGACAAAUAAUAAAAAUUGACAACCAGGUAUUUUAAAAGACCCAUA